AUGGGAGGCACUCCUUCUAAAGAUGGGUCUCGAGAUAGCUUUGAGACUUUAACUCCCCUCCGUGAGCGAACAAAAAAUUUUUGUUUACUCUCAAGAGCAUAUUUUUUUUAAAUAAAUUUUAUAAAAAAUUUUUUGCAAAAAUUAGAAAAUUUAAUUACAGAUUUUGCUAGAAAUAUAUAAAAUAUUUUUAUAAAAAAAUUUUAUAUUAAAUUUAUUUUUUUUCUAACGGAGGGGGUUACUAUCAUCUUUUUUUCGCCCACUGAGGAAGGGAUUAAGUAUUUUCAAAGAAAAAGCGACCAUUGACGACUUUGAAAUAUUAAAAUACAUUGGCAAAGGCCACUUUGGAAAAGUCUAUCAAGUAAGACACAAAACGACAUCAAAAAUAUAUGCGAUGAAAACAUUAAAAAAAUCGCAAAUCCAAAAGAAUAAUCAAAUACGAAAUACCAAAAACGAAAGGAAUGUUUUAGCGAAAUCUUCUCACCGCUUCAUUGUAAAGCUCUAUUAUGCAUUUAAAACAGAAAAAAAGCUAUAUUUAGUUAUAGAUUACGAAUUACAUAAAAUGGUCUGCAACGAAUAUUCUGCUUUCCCAGUGGCGAGAUUUAUAUAUAUACGAAAGUUUUUUUGAGCAGUGAUAUACCAAAGUGUCAGAUUAGCCUAUAGUUUAAUGUCCAGGGCUAUUCCGCUAAUUAGUGGCUUAACUCGAGCGAUAGAUAUUUGCAGCAAUAAUAAAUCACAUCAUUUAAUCCAAUCUAUUAUGGAUUACGUCAGCGGAGGUGAGCUAUUUACUCACUUAAAAUCUCGAGGGCCAUUUCCAGAAAGCUGGGUAAGGUUUUAUGCUGCUGAAAUUUUGUGUGCUUUAAAUUAUUUGCACAUGAAAAAUAUUGUAUAUAGAGAUCUAAAGCCGGAAAAUAUACUAGUCCAGUCUAGUGGACAUAUUAAAUUAUCUGACUUUGGGCUUUCUAAAUCGAACAUUGAACAGUCGAACUGCGAAACAGUUUGUGGAACCCCAGCUUAUCUAUCGCCAGAGAUGCUUAAAUGCGAAGCAUAUGGGACCUCAGUAGAUAUUUGGGCACUUGGGAUUUUAUAGUCCAUACCCCUAUAUAGAUGUUUUGUUGAGCAAAAUGCAAUGGACGGUUAAACAACCAAGUCAGAUUAUAUCAAAUGGACUAGCUGGAUUUCUAUACCAGAAAAGGUUAAAAAGUGGCAUACCAAAAAGUGGUUACAAAUGUGAACAAAGUUGGUUAGUAAACCCGCAAAUUUUUAAAAUGGUUUAUUAUAAAAAUUAAUUUUAAAUUAAAGAUACCUUUUAAUUUACACUGAUAAGUAUCUUACCUAUUUUUUUCCUAUUUCCUAUCGAAUUAAAUUUAUUAUGAAAUUAUAGAAAAUUAGAUAUCGAUAAGUUAAUUUUCUAAUAUAAUUCCAGAGUCACUACAACCUUAAAGGCUAUAGAAAUAAUUAAAGUGAGAUACUUAUAUUUUAAUUAUGAUUGAAAACAUCUAUUAAAAAUUUGAUCUUUGAAGUAAAAUAUAAAAGCCAUAUAAAGAUAGUAUUGCAUCAUAAGGAAUUUUAUGUCAAUAAAAAUUAAAAGCCGCUACGACCUUUAAAAGCAGUAAAUAGAGCUAGCUGAGCGAUGCUUUUAUUGCAAUUCUUAUCAAAAGUCGUCUAUUAAAAAUUUGACUUUUUAAACUGAAUAAAAUACUAUAUUAAUGAGAGCUAUUUGGGGUAGCCUCUUAGAAAGUGAAGUAAUCUUAGUAAUUCUUCUUAUAUUAAUGAUGGAGUCACCUAAUAUAAGAAAUUUAUGUCAAUAAAAAUUAAGAGUCACUACGACCUAUAAAGGUAGUAAGGAGAACUAAUAGAGCAAUGCUUAUGCUUUAGCUCUCACUGAAAGCAUCUAUUAAAAAUUUGACUCAAUACAAAUCAAUAUUAAAGAUGGAGUUACCUUAUAUAAGGAAUUUUAUGCAAUAAAAAUUAAGAGUCACUACGAUUUACAAAGGCAGUAAAGAGAAAGGCAAAGCGAUGCUUAUGCUUCAAUUCUCAUCGAAAAUCAUCUACUAAAAAUUUGACUUUUUGAAAUUCAUUUAAAAAACUACACAAAGAUGUCAAUAAAUUUUACAAAUAAUUUUUUAAAUAAAAAUUAAGAGUUGUUAUGACUCUUUAUACCUUUAGAGAGUACUAUCAGGUAAUGAUUAUGUUUCAAUUGCAAUUGAAAAUCUUUAAUUUAAAAUUAAUUUUUUAUAAUAAAGCCAUUUUAAAAAUUGGAGUGUUUGGUUGUCAAGUUUGCUAAACUUGUUAACCAUUUUUUCGCAUGCACUUUUAACCCUUCCUGAUAUAGAGAUCUAGCUCGUCGCUUUGAUAAAGUCUGACUUGGACGUUUAGCUGUCUAUUGUCAUUUGUUUGGUAAAGAAAUCUAUAUAGGCGUAUGGGCUAUACUUUUUGAACUGGCAGCAGGAACAACUCCAUUUUAUCACAAAAAUCGCAUUGCGAUGUCUAAACGCAUAAUAAACACAGAAAUUGUUUAUCCUUCUGAUUUUUCUUAUGAGUUUAAGUCUUUAUUGGAAGGACUAUUAAGAAAGGAGCCGAAAGAAAGGCUUAGUGCUAAUGAAGUGAAAAGACAUCCAUUUUUUGAAAGUAUUGACUGAGAAAAAGUGGAGCAAGGACUGUUGAGUCCUCCGUUUAUUCCUGUGACCUUUGGAGAUGCAGACACAAGCAAUUUCCGAGAAAUGGAAAUAGAAUGUAGCCCAAACAGCCCUCAAGAAUUGUUAGAAGAGCCAUGUCGAAGUGAGUCGUAUUCUGGGUUUUCUUUUGCUGAAGAAAGUAAUAAUAUGAAUAUAAACGAAUUAAAAUAA